AUGGCGGCGGCGGCGACGGCGGAGGAGGCGACGGCGGCGGAGACGGUGGCGGCGGCGAGGGCGGCGGAGGCGACGGUGGAGGUGGAGAGGGCGGCGGCGGUGACGGUGGCGGCGGCAAAGGCGGAGGUGGACUCGGUGGCGGCGGAGAAGGUGGCGGCGGCGAGGGCGGCGGCGGCGAAGGUGGCGGUGGCGAGGGCGGUGGUGGCGAGGGAGGCGGCGGUGACGGCGGUGGCGGACUCGGUGGCGGCGGCGAGGGCGGUGGUGGGCUGGGUGGUGGCGGGCUGGGUGGCGGCGGACUUGGCGGCGGCGGCGAAGGGGGAGGCGGAGAGGGCGGAGGCGGCGAAGGAGGUGGCGGUAACGGCGGCGGCGGUGAUGGUGGGGGUGGCGACGGUGGGGGUGGCGAUGGUGGUGGGCGACCUCGCCUCCGUCAAGGGCGACCACGGCCUGCGCCCUCGUGCCCGCGCCGCCUCCGGCCUGCGCCCCAGCGCCCGCGCCUUCUCUCUCUCCGGCCUGCGCCCUCGCGCCCGCGCCGGCUCCGGCCUGCGCCCCUGCGCCCGCGCCUUCUCUCUCUCCGGCUCUGCGCCGCGCCUCGCCUCCGUCAAUCGCGACCUCAAGCCGUCCUCCUUCUUCUCGCUGCGCGACUCGAUCAUGAACAUCUCGCGCGAGUAG